AUGACUACUCUUAAAGAGAUCGCAACCGACUACCCCGGAGAGGGCAUCGUAGUGAUGUCGGCAUCUCUCCUGCUCCUCGAUGUCGUUGGCGAGGCCUUGACUCGCAAGGCCCUUGAAGAGGAUAUCUUCAAAUUCCCAAUUAAGGAGUACAACGGGACACAGGCUGUUCGAGACAGGACGAGCAUCAUUAAAACUUUCAACGACAGCACGGGCACCAGAUCUGACAUCGACAAGUGGAUGUCUGCCAAGUUGGAUGAUAAGACUCGAAUUAACUCCAACCUGUAUGGAGCCGUGGUCCGGUCCGACCAACAGCUAGCGGUGAUGCCUCAAAAGCCAUCACGAGAGCAGGUCCUACGCGAUCUAAAAAAGAAGGCCACAUGA